AUGUUCUUUACACACGCACCCCUUUGGGGUUACAGCCCCCCCGCCCACGAUUUCUUUUCCUUGUUCUUUUCGUGGGACGAUAAGUGGUGGCUGGACAUCGAGGAGUACGGGGAUGCCAACUUUGAGGCGCGAAAGGCGGCUGGGCGGCUUGCGACGGUCGCUGCUCUUGCGGCUGUCGAGGCGCUCCUGCUUAAGCAGGAGCCAUGGAGGCUCAAAUUCCUCAAGGCGGAGGAAGGCGUGGGAGAGGCGGACGCGAACCACCGCCGCCGGCGGGCGGCGAAGGGGCGCGCCAAGGAGGAGCGCGAGGAGCGCGCGGAGCUCGCUCCCUUUGGGGAGGAUUACGGCUCGGGAGGGCUAAAUCGUGCAGAGAUCGACUUGUUCGAUGACGAUGGCCCCUGA